AUGACUCAAAUCUCGAAUGAUCCCAGUUGGUGGCCGGUAAUCAACUAUUCGCUUGUUUACAGUUAUUUUAUAGUUGCACCAUCUGUUAUGGUGGCAUACGAUUGGGGUAAGCCACAUGAUACUCAUCUUGACGGAAUUGCCGAUGCCAUUAUCGUGUUCUCCAGUACUGACAUCUGGGCAAGAGUUCGAACUGAUCUGGUCGCAACGCUGGUCACUCGUCACGGUUCUAUAUCUCAGUGUACGCUUCUUUGGAGUAAUAUACUGCGGCACCAGCAUACUGUGGAAUAUCCUGUCAGUUCGGGUGACAGAUACAUUCAACAUAAUGACUACAACAGCUGCACUAUCCUUUGGGUCAUGCAAAACUGUAUGCCUGCCGUCGUAAUUGUCAUACUGGGCGUUGUCAUGAUCAUUCGGUUACAUGCGAUGUAUCUGGGAUCCAGGAAGAUGCUCAUCUUUCUCAUUGUGGUCUUCCUGGCUCUCACGAUCGCAACCGGAGUGAUUCUCACAGUAUGUACGAGUCUCAUGGGAAUUCCAGAGGAGUAUGUCCUGUCUGGCAUGUAUCAGUGCGGGUACACCCACUCAGGAGAAAAUGUCCCAUUUCUCAUUAACGUUGACUGGGUACUCGUUACUGGACUCAUAUGGGAGGUCCUCACCUUGAGUCUUGCCGUCUGGAUUGUCAUAAAACACUUCCAUGAAAUGCGACAACAAUCGACAAGAUGGAAUGUCAAAGACUGUUUCACGGUGUUGAUCAAGACACACGUGUUUUACUUUGCAGCCUUUGUUCUUUUUUCUUGCUUCACAUUCAGCGAACUGUCCCCAAAGCUGUGGAACAUCUCUUCUGUGGGAGUUCAAAUUUAUGGUGGUGUUAUUCCAGUUCUUUCGACUGUGCAGUUGUUUGUACUGGGACCACGCCUCAUCCUUGACAUUCGAGCAUAUAACGCGCAGGUUCUAGUCAAUUCUGACGAAGAAACUGUCAUGACUGCAAUCGUAUUCCACGAGCGCACAUACGAAUUAACUGCCAACAGUGAUGUAUAGCAUGUGUAGGUACUGUACACGAGUAUUUCAGUGAUGUGCAACCAUAUGCACUCGAGAGGCGGAAGACUCCAUGUUGAGGUAAUGUGAUGGAUACUUUCAAAUUAUCGCAUUGUAUCUAGAAAUUUCUAUGCGCCAUGCGUGUGCGUCCUCGUUGUCAAUCCAGAAUACAGCGCAGUCUGUUUGUUCAGCGCGUUCGCCUCACGUUCCUCAGGCUUGACCGUCGGCUUGUUGAAGUCCAACUUGCCUCGGUUUCCGAUCGCGCUGUAUUGUAUUCCACUUGUUUGUAAAACAAUUUUAUAUGUGAAAGUGAAACUUGUUACUUGGGGUAAUAUUGAACGCGGGCCCGGGGUAGCAAGAUGUUUGUUGACGCUUGUUAGGAUCACAAGCCAAUUCAAUUCCCCCCAAAUUCCGAGUUC